CUCAGCAGCUAUUAAUUGAUAAAAUUUAUUAGUAGUCGCUCUUGGAAGGAUCUUUAAAAUUCAGAAAGAUAAGGUAUAGUCUUACAGUUGAUAACAUAAAGAACUCAAGACUAAUUGCAUGAAAAAGAAACAAAUCUCUCCUGAAAGUUAAGUAAAGAUUUUUUUUAUAAGCCAUUAAAAUAUCUUAUCUAUUUUCACUGCAUAUGUGAUUGGCAAAAAUAUCAUUGUGAGAUUAAUUUGUACAGACACUAAUAAUCAAAAGCAAAUUAAAAAAAAAUAAAGUAAAUAAAUAAACUUCUUUAAUUUUUUUCAAUAAAGAAUCCACUCUAACAUAAAAAAGCUAUCAAUAUACAUCUCUUUUAACAUAAGCAUUGAAUCCAUAAUUGUUUAGUAAUUUUAUAUUAUUAUUUUAGAAGACAAUCUCCUAAAUUUAGAUUUUUUGUAUCAUUGUAAUUUUGUUCAUUGUUUUUGAGUUAAAUCAGUUAGAAUACAUCUCAGAAAUCAGAAUAAAAACAUUUUUUUUAAAUUGGUGGAUAAUACCUAUACCAUUGA